GACACCUCUGCACCUUGCUUGCGCAAACGGCCACGUGGAUGUCGUUACAUAUCUAGUGAAAAACAAGUGUAAGCUAAACCUUUUUGACAAUUACCACAGAUCGCCACUGAUGAAGGCAGUACAGUGCCAGCAAGAAAAAUGUGUGGCUGUUCUGCUAAAGCAUGGCGCUGACCCAAAUCUGGCAGAUGCUGACGGCAACACUGCCCUCCACCUUGCUGUCAUAUCUCCUAAUACAUCUGUAGCAGGGCUGUUACUUGAGCAUAAUGCCAAUAUUGAUGCCCAGAAUAAGGAGGGACAUACCCCGCUUAUUCUUGCUGUCUCCAAACAUCAUGAAGAGAUAGUAGAGUUUCUCCUUAAAAACGGAGCUGAUGUGAAUGCUUGCGAUCAGUGUGAAAGAACCCCACUUAUGACUGCUGCUUCUGAUGGCGAGCUUAAUUUGAUAAAAGUUCUUCUUCGGUAUGGGGCUGAUGUUUCCCAUAGAGACACUAAUGGAUGGUCAGCUGAGGAUCUUGCUGUUAUUUGUGGAUAUUCUAGUGUUAGUAAAGAACUGGCAGAAUAUGCAGACUGUGAAGACACAGGAGAAGCUUCUGCAGGUGGUGCACAAGGUGCCAUGGUACUGAGCACUCCUCACUGGGCUCGCUUUAUGUUGGCUAUACCUGCUGUGGACAGAGGAGACUCGGAAAUGACAGAGUGGAAAAAAGAGAUACCUCAGCCUCUCUCAGAUAGUUGUGGUCUUAAGGAGAAAAAACCAAGCUUCGAUGAUAGCUUUGAAAGUAGUAAUAAGUCUUGGUCAGCAGCAAAAAACCCAAGACUUGAAAGUCGAAGACCGAACUCUGUCAUUCUUGAACAUGUGGAUGAAGAUCCUGAAGAAGAGCGAUAUGAAGCAGUAGAUAGUAAAGUUGGUAAAGUGCUGAAACAAGGAAGUGGAAACUCGUACUUAAAUAGGCCUAAAGGAAACUUAAGAGCAGCGUUUCACUUGAGUGCUGAAGAAGAAUCACUUGAAUUGGAAGAAGAGGAGGAGAAGCAGGAGAAGAAAGACGCUGGUGAAGAGCUACAAACUGCAGGUGUUGAGGGUGUGAAAAAAUCUGUUUGUAAUGGCAGCCGCCAAGUCCACAAUGCUUCAAAAGACGACGCUGGUGCCCUGCCAGAAGCGGGACCAGAGGAAGAGGAAGAUGCUGGAUCUCCCUGGGAUUCUGAGCUGAAGACUCCCGAAUCUGUUUUGGAAAUGGGUGAAACCUCUCCUAAAAAAAGGCGGCAGGAAUCAGAUGAGUACUCAGGAUCUACCUUUCCUACGUCGUCAUCAGCUGAAAAAGAUGACAUCAAGGAUGCCAUUGAAAACUGUGGAGUGCAA